GCAACGACCGACUGAACGCUCUCACCACCUCCGUACCGAUGCAGCUACGAAUCGAUCUGAGAAGAUUCUCGGGCGAGACGCGCUACGCCACGUACGAUGUUUUCAGCAUCGCUUCAGAGAGGGCGCUGUACAAGCUCAACGUCGGCAUGUACCACGGCACUGCGGGCGACUCGAUGAUAUCAGCUCAUCACGGGAAGAAUUUCAGCACUCCGGACCGGGACAACGACACCCACAAGACCGGCAGCUGCGCUAAAUCUUGCAAGGGCGGUUGGUGGUACAGCGGCUGCCACAAUUCGAACCUGAACGGACUCUACGGAGAGGACAACACGAAGGGAGUCGUGUGGUACACUUGGCCCGGUCACUCCGAGGCACUCAUGAGCAGCGAGAUGAAAGUGAGACCCGUGAAAUACGCCCUCCACUGAUCGCGGAUGCUUGGCUGGCUACGAACCCGGGGCUCAGUGUCGGAAUAUGACAGAGUAGUACGCGCGUGCGUGCGUACGUGCGUUUUAUACGUGCGUGCGUGCGUG